AUGGCGACCGCCUCAGUGGCGUUCAAGUCUAGAGAGGAUCAUCGGAAACGGCUGGAAUUGGAAGAAGCUCGAAAAGCUGGGCUUGCUCCUGCGGAGGUUGAUGAAGAUGGAAAAGAAAUUAAUCCUCAUAUUCCUCAGUAUAUGUCAUCGGCGCCUUGGUAUCUCAAUGCUGAGGGACCGAGUUUGAAACAUCAAAGAAAUUGGAAGAAGUUAGAUAUCAUUCCCAAGAACUGGUACGAUAGAGGUGCCAAAGUAUUCCAGGCUGAGAAGUUCAGGAAAGGUGCAUGUACAAACUGUGGAGCGAUGACCCACGAUGCUAAAUCCUGUAUGGAGAGGCCUCGUUCCAUUGGAGCAAAGUGGACUAACAAGGCUAUUGCAGCCGAUGAGAAAAUAGAGACCUUUGAUUUUGAUUACGAAAGUAAAAGGGACCGCUGGAAUGGAUAUGACACCGCAGCAUAUGCUCAGGUCAUUGAAAUGUAUGAAGCUAGAGAUGCUGCAAGAAGGAAAUAUGUGAAGGACCAGCAGCUUAAGAUGUUGGAGGAUAAAAAUAGCAAACUAAACAAAAAAUCCGGAGGGUGCGAUGAUGAGGAUUUUGAAGAUUCUUUGAAACUGGACGAAGCUAAGGUUGAUGAGAGCAAGCAAAUGGAAUUCGCAAAGGUUGAGAAACGUGUGCGUACUACUGGUGGAGGGAGCACUGGAACGGUUAGGAACUUGCGUAUUCGUGAGGAUACAGCGAAGUAUCUUCUUAACCUGGACGUCAAUUCUGCCUACUAUGACCCUAAAACUCGGUCUAUGCGCGAAGAUCCACUCCCCGAUAUGGAUCCAAAUGAGAAGUUCUAUGCUGGUGCUUUCUAUCAGGGAGAUAAUCAAAAUAGACUUACCGGUCAGGCUUUGGAGUUCCAGAAGCUUAAUGUUUAUGCUUGGGAAGCAUUUGACAAGGGCCAUGAUGUUCACACACAAGCUGCUCCUUCUCAAGCUGAAAUACUGCUUAAGAAUUUUAGGAUCAAUAAGGAGAAACUGAAGGGUCAAACAAAGGAAAGCAUUGAGGCAAAGUAUGGCAAUGCUGCUGCUGGGGAGGAACUUCCAAAAGAACUUCUACUCGGUCAAAGUGAAAGAGAAGUUGAAUAUGAUCGGGCUGGUAGGAUCUUGAAAGGCCAGGAGGUAAUCAUUCCUCGAAGCAAAUAUGAUGAAGAUUCUUACAUUAAUAACCACACAAGCGUCUGGGGGUCCUGGUGGAAAGGUCAUCAGUGGGGCUAUAAGUGCUGCAGGCAGACACUUAAAUUAAGUGUAUGCACAGGUGCUGCAGGUAUUAAAGCAGCUGAAGCUGCUGCAGAUCUUAUGAGGGAUAAUAUUGCUCGAAAAGAGGCUACUGAAGAUACAAGAGCUCCAGUGGAGGAGAAGAGGUUAGCCACUUGGGGAACUGAUGUCCCUGAUGACUUGGUUUUGGAUGAAAAGAAAGUAGCUGAAGCACUAAAGAAGGAAGAUGCAAGGAGAAGGGAAGAGAAAGAUGAAAGGAAGCGGAAAUACAAUGUGAAGUGGAAUGAUGAGACCACUGCUGAGGAGAUGGAAGCAUAUAGGUUGAAGAGAGUGCAUCAUGAUGAUCCAAUGAAGGACUUCCUCAGCUGA